UCCGCACCAAUAGCAGGCGGCGUUGUGGUUGCCCCGCGGAAGUUAAGCGAGGCGGGCGGGUUACUAUAACGGAGAAGAGAGAUAAGAACGGUUGUGUCAUGUGCGCAGCCCCCAGCCGAGCGGGGAGCGGCAGGUCGAGCGGGGAGCGCUACGUGCGGGUUUUUGAAGCAUGUGAUGAAGAUAAAAAAGGAUAUUUAAGCAGAGAGGACUUUAAGGUCGCUGUAGUGAUGCUAUUUGGUUACAAACCCUCAAAGGUGGAGGUGGAUUCAGUAAUGGCCUCAGUGCAACAAAAAAAUUCAGGUAUAUUACUUGAAGAAUUUUUAAAACUUAUGAGUACAAAGAAGGCUGCACAACUACACCAUAGUGAAAUAAGGCAGAUAUUCACAGCUUUUGACAUGCAAUAUAGAGGAUUUUUGACUUUGGAAGAUUUCAAAAGAGCCUUCAAUUCCAUUGCUCCAAAAUUACCUGAAAGGAUCAUAGUUGAAGCUUUCAGAUUUGUAGAGCCAUGGGUGAAGACACUAGCAGGUGCCAACAUCCCCUUGUCAAAGACUGACCACCCACUUGUGAGAGAAUUUCUUGACAGCAGGGUCUGGAAUGGUGGUACAAAUCUUGCUAGGACACAACUGACUGAGACAUACUUACCUGAAGUGUACCUCAAAGAAAAGGAAAACUAAAAACUGAAGCUAAAGACAAAAAAUUGCUGUUAUCUUUGAAUGUUAUGAUGAUGAGGCAAGAUAAAUUCUGAAUGUACCAUUUGCACCAUUACAACCUGAUUUCAGUGGGCAUAUUAACUUUUUUGGUGGAUACAGUGUUUUUAGAUGCUGUUAAUCACUCAACUGUUUCACAGGCUGUAGUCAAAGCAGUAAAUGAGUACCAGAUUGAUUAUGAAAAUGUUGUAGUAAUUGAUACUGACAAUGCUAGUUACGUGAAAAAGACAUUUGAUCCUGAGUUUUCUAAACUGUUUCCAAAUUCUGUUUGGCACAUAUUGUUAAUUUAAUCGGUGAAUCAUUUAGAAAGCCUUUUUAGAUGGUUGAUACAUUUGUAAGGUGCUUCAAAAAUAUGUUCUAUAACUCUGGUAGUAGGAAAGAGAGGUACUUCCAUUUCAUGAACCAGAAAUUACAAGAGGAGUCUCCAGAUGUCAAAGCAUCCAUGCCUCCUAGCAGGGCCGUCCCUAGGUAUAUGCAGCAUACACAGCUGCGUAGGGCACCAGAAAAUUUGGGGCACCAUUCCCCUCGCUGGUCGUGGCUGGAAUCCUCUCUUCUCUGGCCCCUCCCCAAUGCUGGGCUGGUGGACUUCUCCCCGACCCUGUCCCCUCCUUCCUCAGUUGGCCGAGGGCCAGGACAGGAGGAGCGAAACUUCCACGUGAGUCAGGGGUGGGGGUGAGUGAAGGGGGGGACUUAAACAAACACACACACACACAGUCUCUCUCACACACAGACUGGCUCUUACACCCACAUACAGUGUGCCUCUCACGAGUCACAGUUCCCCAAUACAGAUUGUGUGUCACACACACACUCUGUCACACAGUCCCAUAACACACAAUCUCUUUCUCUCGCGCGCACACACACACACAGAGUGACAUGUACUGGCUCGCUCUCUCUGUCACACACAUAGACACACACACUCUGUUGUUAUUACUCCUUGGUACUUCCUGUCAAAAUGCUCGUGGUGAGCCAGGAGUGGCGAGGAGCUGCAGGAGGGCCAUGGGCUCUGGCAAGAUGCAGCCCCCAUGUGACCAUGCGAAGCCUGCCUUGAACCACUGAUGCAGCAUCUGCUGCAUAUGAAGCACGGUGUGCGUCAGCAAUG